GCUAUUACUGUACUUCUUCGCUUCCAACCAACAUCCCUUCAUUUUUUUCUAUCCAAUUCAAUUGAUGCGAUCCGACAAGUCCACGCCGAAAUUUCAAAAUUUCUUCCUAUAGAACUUGAUCGUCUUUCCACACCAUACAAUGCAUGGUAUUUCGAUAUGGGUAAUAAUCAUGAGUACAUUUUACUCCCUUUACAAAUUUCACCCGGAGAUUAUUCAACCAUGUCAAGUUUAAGAUUAUCAUCUGAUCUCGAAGAUUUAAUAAAAAACUCACCGAACACGAAUAUUGCUAAUGGAACUAUGACAUCAUUUUUGGACACUCAAUAUGGUGCUCCAAGACAAGCUGACUUUUGGUCAGAAAAUAAGUAUAGGGAUUCUGAUGCUAGGAAUACAGCAAUACCACAAUUUGCUUUGGUUUUAGCUGAUUUUUCUGUUG